UCGCCGCCCCCGCCGCCGCCCGGACGGGAAGUGAGCCGCCGGCCCCGAGCGCCAGGAUCCGGGAGCCGGCCCGCAGCCGCUGCCCCGGGGCGAAGCAUGGCGGCCGCCAAGGUGGCUUUAACCAAGAGAGCAGAUCCAGCCGAGCUCAGAACAAUAUUUUUGAAGUAUGCAAGCAUCGAAAAAAAUGGCGAAUUUUUCAUGUCUCCCAGUGACUUUGUCACUCGGUACUUGAACAUUUUUGGAGCAAGCCAGCCUAAUCCGAAGACUGUGGAGCUUUUAAGUGGUGUCGUGGAUCAGACCAAGGAUGGAUUAAUAUCCUUUCAAGAAUUUGUGGCCUUUGAGUCUGUCCUGUGUGCCCCGGAUGCUUUGUUCAUGGUGGCCUUUCAGCUGUUUGACAAGGCGGGCAAAGGAGAAGUGACUUUUGAGGAUGUGAAGCAAGUGUUUGGACAGACCACCAUCCAUCAGCAUAUUCCAUUUAACUGGGAUUCAGAAUUUGUGCAACUACAUUUUGGAAAAGAAAGAAAAAGACACCUGACUUACGCGGAGUUCACUCAGUUUUUACUGGAAAUACAGUUGGAGCAUGCGAAGCAGGCCUUUGUGCAGCGGGACAGUGCCAAGACCGGAAGAGUCACAGCCAUCGACUUCCGAGACAUCAUGGUCACCAUCCGCCCCCAUGUCCUGACCCCUUUUGUAGAAGAAUGUCUUGUAGCUGCCGCUGGAGGUACCACGUCGCAUCAAGUUAGUUUCUCCUAUUUUAAUGGAUUUAAUUCUCUUCUGAACAACAUGGAACUCAUUAGAAAGAUCUACAGCACUCUGGCUGGCAACAGGAAAGACGUGGAGGUGACUAAGGAGGAGUUUGUUCUGGCCGCGCAGAAAUUUGGUCAGGUUACACCCAUGGAAGUUGACAUCUUGUUUCAGUUAGCAGAUUUAUACGAGCCAAGGGGACGCAUGACCUUGGCAGACAUUGACCGGAUCGCCCCCCUGGAGGAGGGCACGCUCCCCUUCAACUUGGCCGAGGCCCAGAGACAGAAGGCGUCAGGUGACUCGGCGCGGCCCGUCCUCCUGCAGGUCGCAGAGUCGGCCUACCGCUUCGCCCUGGGCUCCGUUGCUGGAGCUGUCGGAGCCACUGCUGUGUAUCCUAUCGAUCUCGUAAAAACCCGAAUGCAGAAUCAGCGAUCCACUGGCUCUUUUGUGGGAGAACUGAUGUAUAAAAACAGCUUUGACUGUUUUAAGAAAGUGCUACGCUACGAAGGCUUCUUUGGACUCUAUAGAGGUCUGUUGCCACAGUUAUUGGGAGUCGCCCCAGAGAAGGCCAUAAAACUUACAGUGAAUGAUUUUGUGAGGGAUAAAUUUAUGCACAAAGAUGGCUCGGUCCCACUUGCAGCAGAAAUCCUGGCCGGAGGCUGUGCAGGAGGCUCCCAGGUGAUUUUCACAAACCCCCUAGAAAUCGUCAAGAUCCGCUUGCAGGUGGCCGGGGAGAUCACCACCGGGCCCCGAGUCAGCGCGCUCUCCGUCCUGCGAGACCUGGGCUUCUUCGGGAUCUACAAGGGUGCCAAGGCCUGCUUUCUGCGGGACAUUCCUUUCUCGGCCAUCUACUUCCCCUGCUACGCGCAUGUGAAGGCUUCUUUUGCAACCGAAGACGGGCAGAUCAGCCCAGGAAGCCUGCUGCUGGCUGGUGCCAUAGCUGGUAUGCCUGCCGCAUCUCUAGUGACCCCUGCUGAUGUCAUCAAGACAAGAUUGCAGGUGGCUGCCCGGGCCGGCCAGACCACUUACAGCGGAGUGAUCGACUGCUUUCGGAAGAUCCUGCGGGAGGAAGGCCCCAAAGCUCUGUGGAAAGGAGCGGGCGCACGAGUGUUUCGAUCCUCACCCCAGUUCGGUGUCACUCUGCUGACGUACGAGUUGCUGCAGCGCUGGUUCUACAUCGACUUCGGAGGCGUGAAGCCCGUGGGAGCUGAACCCGUGCCUAAGUCCAGGAUCACUCUGCCGGCUCCGAAUCCUGACCACGUGGGCGGCUAUAAGCUGGCCGUGGCCACCUUCGCGGGGAUUGAGAGCAAGUUCGGACUUUACCUACCUCUCUUCAAGCCGUCAGCAUCUACCUCAGGGGUCACCAGUGGCGGCCCCUAGGGGACCAGGCCGGGGCGUGGCCACGCAUCUGGCCCUGCCACAGCCAUAGCAGACCGAAGCAGACCCUCGGGCCCUUCCCGUCCACCUGGGGUUGAAACUCAAGUCAGCGCUUUUCAUAGAGUGAGAUCGUUCGUUUUCUGUGUGUUUCCUUAACCAGAUCACUAUGGAAUUAUUCCUGAUUAUUCUCUGGGCCCCCGCCCACAAAGCUUGGCGUGUGUGUCUGACGUUUGCUGGGAUUCGGUCAAGCACUUGUGUGAUCUGGGGGAGCAGCGAGUUCGAGCAGAUAUCAGGGCCCCUCUCCUCGCAUCUGGAUCACAGGCCCAAAGAGGCUCCUGAAAGGCAAUCAUGGUUCUCACGGCAACGCGUUCCACGGGGGCUUAAACUGGAAGGAAACUGGGUGCGUAUUUAUAAAACUAAAGAAACACUGGAAGAAAUGAAAAAUAUAUACAUCAGCAAUAGCCAGCCAGGCUUCACAUGUCCAAACACGCACAGAUUCUGCCUCUGGAUUACAUUACGAAGCUUUUAUGUGAAACAUGUUUCUUUGUAAUGAAAACCACAUUGGAGAUGUUUAGUAAUCGCAGUCUGUUACCGGCACAGAGGCUGCUAGGGAAAGCCCUCGCGCAUUAGGGAACUGCUCCUGGUGUCGGCCACGCAGAGGCAGCCCCUCUCCUGGAUGUGCCGAUUCCGGGUAACUUCUCCCAUGAUGCUCGUGUGCUGAUCACUGCCGAUUUCAGUGAACACUGUAGAAAGGUGUAUGCGCCCUGUGGCCCUAGGGUCCCAGCCCAGAUCACCCUCCCUUCCCCCCCAAUAAUUGGCACCCAUUUACUUUUAAAAUCCUCUUGAUCUUGAAUCAUGUGAGACAAAUAUAUCCUAAUGUAAGCUUCUAUUUAAUUUGUGGUGCAUAAUGGUCAGAGGUUCAUGUGUCUAUGGAGAUGGAAAUAAACUAUUUUUAAAGCUAUUGAA